AUGGGCUUUUUAAAGUUAAGGAUUAAGGAUUGGAAUGUGAUGCAUUUUAAGAAUAUUUUUGGAGAAAAGGCCAGAAUUCAGGAAGAAAUUGAGCAUCUUAAUAAGAGCAUUGUUGCUUCAGGUAUGUCCUCCUUAUUGUAUGAUAAGCUUAAGUUGUUGAAUCUCCAGUUGAGUGAGACCUUGGCUAGGGAAGAAUCUUAUUGGAGGCAGAAGUCUAGGGACCUUUGGCUUUCCGAAGGUGAUAGAAAUACUAAAUUAUUUCACUCCUCUUCUAAGCUCAAGAGACUUCGCAAUCGAAUCUCUUGUAUUAUUGACUCUAAUGGCAAUAAUCUGAUGGAUGAGGAUGAUAUUGUUGCCGAAGCUGUUAGGUUAUUUAAGUCUCUUCUUACAGCGAAGCCAGUGGUGGUAGAUAAUGAGUUUGUGAACUCGAUCCCCCUUUUAGUAUCUCAAGAGGAUAAUAAGAUGCUUAUGGCCCCCUUUUCGUUGGCUGAAUUGAAAGAGAUAGUCUUUUCCAUUCAUCCAGAAAAGGCACCGGGUCCAGAUGGAUUUACGGCUUUAUUCUUUCAGAGAUGUUGGGACUUUAUAGGAAACGAUGUGUUGUUAGCCUUGGAGGAAUCUAGAAGAAAUAGGUUGAUAUUGAGAGAACUUAACACCACUCUUAUUGUUGUUAUUCCGAAAGAGACAUCUGAAGGUGCCAUUGUAGCUCAUGAAAUUAUGCACUCCAUAUCUCAGCAAAAGGUCCCAACCAUGAUUCUUAAACUAGACAUGCUUAAAGCUUAUGAUUGUGUUAAUUGGCAGUCCCUUGUGGUGGUUUUGUAUCGUUUAGGGUUUUCGCGUUGCUGGGUCAAGGCCAUCUCUAAUGCUACGUCAUCUAGUCUAUGGUUAGGCAUCAGAGUGGAUGGCCUCCGUUCUUCACAAUCUCAUUGCUUGUUUGCUGAUGACAUGCUUUUGUUUGGGGUGGCCUCUCUAAGGGAAGCUCGAGUUAUUAAGAAAAUUAUCUCUGAUUAUGCUGCUUUUUCUGGACAAAAAGCUCCCUCUCAAGUCAUUAAGGACAUUAAGGUUUCCCUUAGGACCUUCCUUUGGAAUGAUAACUUAGGAGGUAGAAAGAAGAUCCCUCUUCUUGCUUGGGAUAAAAUUUGUCAUCCCAAAGAGUUGGGGGGUGCGGGUAUCCAUGCCUUAGUCAUUCAAAAUAAAGCAUUGGGGGCAAAAUUGAUUUGGAAGUUAUAUGCAGACCCUCUUAGCAAAUGGGCUUCUGUCAUGCUCGCCAAGUAUUUAAGGGGAGCAUCCAGAGAAAGGAUUUUUACUGCAACAUCUCUUCCGAAGGGCUCUGUGUUCUGGAAUUUUUUGGUUUCUCGUAGGAAGGUUGUCUUACCACAUUUAUCUUGGGUUGUCCAUAGUGGGAAAAAGGCCCGGUUCUGGGAUGAAGUUUGGAAUGGGCAUCCUGCUCUUUCAGCUAUUCGUGACUGGUCCCCUUUCCCUGAUAUUUUAUCGGAUCUUUGGGGGCCUCUUAUUGUAGAUUAUUUUAACAUUAUCUCCUCAAGUCCAUGUUUAGUGGCUAAAUGGAAGGAUAUCCCUCCCUUGUCUAUUGAUAACGAUCUUAUUUUAGCUUUUGUGGAAGAGCUUCAUAUAAGACCUCUAGUUUUCCAUAAUAAGGAGGACUCUUUGGUCUGGGUUAAGAGUGUUGCAAGCUCCUAUUCAGUAAAAGAUGGGUAUAAUUCUUUGGUUCAGCCCUCUUUACCCUCUUGUUGGCCUACUAAACUUUUUUGGCAUCCUGCUUGUCUUCCAAAGGCAGGGGUGUUUGCUUGGCUGACAGUCCAAGAUAAAGUCCUUACUAGGAUGCGAUUGGAUAGGCUUGGGAUUACAGCAGAUGGUCUUCUGCUCUUUGUUUGA